AGCCACUCAGUCCCAGGAGCCCACACUCGCGCGUUCGCGCGCCCUUCCAGAGUGGGCGAGCGGGGCCCGAAGAGCGGCGACGGUGGGCGUUUCAUGGUGCCGCUGUGGCUGGCAGUGCUUCUGGUGCCUGUGACCCUGCUGGGGGCGAUCAUUCUCACGGUGGUGCUGGUGAAGAUCUGCUGCCCGACGGCCUUCUUCAGGCUGCAGAAACCCCCCGGCUUCAUCCUCCACGCGAUUACAGGGGGCAAGGUGCCGCCCUACUUCGUGACCUGGGUGUGGGAGGACGAGCAUCUCUCCAAGUGGCUGAAGGACGGCGAUGUUGUCUGCUGCGUGGGCGCCAAGUCUGGGACCACCUGGCUGAUGAACAUCGUGCACCAGGUCCGGACCCUGGGCGACCCCAACAAUUUCCUCAAGAUGAACACGCACACGAUGCCCUGGCCAGAGUGUGACCGCUAUCCUGGCGAGACCAAGAAGGAGAAGAUGGAUCACCUGUUUGGGCUGGACGGGAUGACGAACCCCGCCUACAAGUUCAACGUCUUCAAGUCGCACUACGGGCCCCGGAAGGCGGGCGAACCGUGGAAGGAGGCAGUCAAGAGAGACGCGGUCGUGCCUGUCAGGGAGAGGCCCGGAGUGAAGUAUAUCAUCUGCAUGCGGGAAGGCAGGGACGUGAUGGCCUCUUUCUACCCGUUCUUCGCAUCCCACAACGACGAGUUCAAGAAGAUGUGGGGCGGCUUCCCGCCAACCUUCCCCGACUGGGAUGCCAACUUCAAGUUCUUCACCGAGGAGCAGCCCAACUUCUACUUCGGCUACUGCGCGGCGUGGUGGCCCUACCGCCACGACCCCAACGUGCUGCUGCUCCACUACAACGAUUUGAAGUCGGACAUCAGGGGCUGCCUGCGGAAGAUCGCAGCUUUCUGCGACGUGGCAGUUCCCGAGAGCUCGUGGCCUUUGAUCGAGGAGAAAGUGUCCCUGGGCUGGAUGAAGAAGAACGAGGGCAUCUUCAAGUACGACAUCUCCUCCAAGUACUACACCGGCACCGUCAUGAAGCAGGAGGAGGGGUCCAUGAUCCGCAAGGGCGAGGUUGGCGAUGGUCGGGGCAGGCUGACGCCAGAGCAGGAGAAGAAGUUCCAGGAGCUCAGCGACCGGUAUUUCGGGGGCCUGCCGGGCCUCGCCGAGUGGGUGGCGAAGGGCGGGCCCGUCCCACCACUCGCGGAGGCCGAGGUUGGCGGCCAGGUCGGCGGCCUGAGCGCGCCGCUGCUGGCGCGGGGGCCCUGAGGCGUGCCUUCGGCAUCGUUUCGCGCUCCCAGGGGGAGCACAGCUCUCCCAGUUGUGGCCAGUAAGUGAGACGUGCUCGCCCCCGCACGGCGACCACCCCCCCUCCCGCGGGCGAGCUCUUCGCCCCCCCCACCCCGGGGGUGCACCGUAUGUCCAGCCGCGGCUCCCGUGCGCUGCGAAUUCGAGGUCGGGCCAGGCAGCGCUCGGCGGUGCACGCGCGAGGAGCCCGGAGGUGGGCCAGGGUAAGGCUCUGCACGGGGGGCGCGCCGGAAUAUAUACGAUGUUCUAUGCUUUGGUGGGCUCGCAGGCGCCGGCCUUGAUAUAUCUAGUCAUACAAUUCGCUCUCUCCAGAGGCGACGAGGUGCAUAUCUGUGUAGUCGCGGCCCCGAGCCGCUCGCAUUGGCAACACGAUGUGUCUCGUGGCGUCUUCGCCUCAGGUGUGGUUUCGGCUCAGAGCCGCUUGCAUUGGCAAUGUUAUAUUAUAAUGUGUCUCGAGGCUUCCUCGCCUCCGAUAGUUAUAACCACAGAGCCGUGCAAGUGUUAAAAGCUCCAGCUGUCGGGCAGGAACGUGCGUUGGUUACGUUUUUAGUUAAACAUAAGUAUCACCCAAAGAGUUCCAAGAGGGCGCCAAGAGGACACCGAGAGAGUUACCCUCCCUGGACCUCCCAAAACCGUUCUCGCCUCGCACGCGGAGUCCAAAGCUGAAGCUAGAACGGC